AUGCGAACACGCAGCGGCACUGACGGACAUCAACAAUCUAACAACCACAAUCAACGAUCGGCACACCCUGAAAACCCUAACCUGACCUAUUUCACCCAGUUCCCUAAUGCUACAGCAGCAGCUGCUGCUGCCCCUCUCUAUCCUAAACACACACGCGCAGAGACAACAUGGGAAAGGGAGAAAGAAAACAAACGAAGGGGGAAGGGAAAAGCAGGGGAAGAGAUCUGUGGAGAGAGAGACAGGGAGCUGCAGCAGGAGGAGAGGAAGAGAAGGAGAUGUGCCGGUCAAAGGGUUGCCAUCAUCGCACGUCGUGUGACCGCCGCUGUCCAACUUGCCGCGCCGCACCGCCAGAUUGUCGUGCGUGGAGGGUCGUGCCAUCACCGCCAUUGUCGUCCCGUUCCUGGAGCCAUUAGUCGCGCCUCUGUCACGCGAGGAGGAGUGCGACCCACCGCGCAGAGCUACGGCGCCGUGUGUUGUCGCCGUCACCUCGAAUUGAUGCCGCCGUCGAGAUUCGAGGAAAGAGAAGGAGGUUGCGGGGAGGAUAAGGUGCGAUGGUGGUGGUUUGUUCUGCCACCCCUACUGCCAUCGCCGUCAAGAACUGCCGCCACGAAGGAGAGCGAGAGGCAGAGGUUUCACGGUAGGGGAAGGGCCAGGCGCCGCUGUGCUAUGGAGCAGAGUGAGCCGCGCCGGCGCUGUUGGGGGUCUCACCACCACCGGAAAAAGGUUCAGGCUGCCGCAGGUGUUGCUGUCGGAGGGGAAAGAUGCGCCUCUGUGUUUCUGGCCACCGGGAGUGGUUAUGUGGCUUCCAGGAUCACCGCCGGAGCUCCGGACUGAGCCUCUGCCAUUUGAGACCCUUCUGACGUCACCGGAACUUCUGGCCACCGCCGGAGUUGUGCCGGGGCCGGUUCGAAAUCGCAGCUGCUUCGUGUUGUUAUUCCGAGCUGUUUUUGCUGCUGCAAAAAUGUGUGGGGCUGUGCUUUGAAGCUGCCUUUGAUUUUGAGUUGAGGCGAAAAGGAACUUAUGAGGCAUUUGGAUUAUGGAUUUGCGUUUCAAGCUUUCAGGAUAUGGGCGCUGAAGUCUCGAAGAGUUUAUUUAGUUUUUGUUGAAAUGCUUUGUAUUGCUUUAGAUUAUUUAUUGUACCCUCGUCUUUAUCUUGAUGUAUUCUGUAAGAGGGAUAGGAAUUGUAUUGGCUAAUGCUUGUAACAUUAUAUAUAUAUA